AGGGUCCACUAGCCCUGGGCUCGGAGCUAGCUUGCAGUUAACGCUUCGGCACCUGUGGCACCGCAGGGCAGGGCGGAGGAGCCACCGCGUCCUCGACCAGCUGGGAGUCUGCUCUCAAGCCCACUCUGCUCCGUCUAGGUCAGCUCCGCGCCUCCCCCUCGUCGCCCACCAGGACUCCAGCAGCCCCUGCAAGAGUCCCAGCGCACCUUGCCAGGAUGUCUAAGGUAGCCAAGUAUCGCCGGCAGGUGAGUGAAGACCCCGACAUCGACAGCCUGCUGUCCACCCUGUCUCCCGAGGAGAUGGAGGAGCUGGAGAAGGAGCUGGACGUGGCGGACCCGGACGGGAGCACCCCCGUGGGGCUGCGGCAGAGAAACCAGACGGAGAAGCGGUCCACGGGCAUGUACAACCGGGAGGCCAUGCUCAGCUUCUGUGAAAAGGAGACCAAGAAACUUAUUCAGAGGGAGAUGUCCGUGGAUGAAAACAAGCAAGUGGAGCCCAAGACAGAUGCCAAGAAUGGAGAGGAAAGGGGCAGAGAUGCCAGCAAAAAAACCCUGGGCCCCAGACAGGACUCAGACCUGGGGAAGGAGCCAAAGAGGGGUGGUUUAAAGAAAAGCUUCUCAAGAGACAAAGAUGAAGCCGAUGGCAAAAGUGGAGAGAAGCCCAAGGAGGAGAAGCUUAUCAGGGGUAUUGACAAGGGUCGGGUCAGGGCUGCGGUGGACAGAAAGGAGGCAGGGAAGGAGGGGAGGGGAGAGGAGAGGGCAGCAGCCCCAAGGAGGGAAGAAGAGAAGAAAGGCAGUGACAGGAGCACGGGGCCAAGCAGAGACAAAGACAAGAAGAAAGAGGAGAAGGAGAUGAGUAAGAGAGACGAUGACGGGAAGGGAAAAGGGGAGAGGAGGACCGUGGAUGCCAGGAAGGAGGACGAGAAGGUGAAAAGAGGAAGCGGGAACACGGAUGCAAAAAGGGAGAAUGAAAAAGUGAAAAAAGAGGAGUCCGUAAAUAAAAAGGAGCCCAAAGAAGAGAACAAGACCCAAGCCCUGGAGAAACAGGCCCCCGCUAGCCCCACCAAGCCCUCGGAAGGGCCUGCCAAGGCGGAGGAGGAAGCGGCCCCCAGCAUAUUUGAUGAGCCUCUGGAGAGAGUGAAGAACAAUGACCCAGAGAUGACCGAGGUGAACGUCAACAACUCAGACUGUAUCACGAAUGAGAUCUUGGUCCGGUUCACCGAGGCUCUGGAGUUCAACACUGUGGUCAAGGUGUUUGCCCUGGCCAACACGCGCGCCGAUGACCACGUGGCCUUCGCCAUCGCCAUCAUGCUCAAGGCCAACAAGACCAUCACCAGUCUGAACCUGGACUCCAACCACAUCACGGGCAAAGGCAUCCUGGCCAUCUUCCGGGCCCUCCUCCAGAACAACACGCUGACUGAGCUCCGCUUCCACAACCAGAGGCACAUCUGCGGCGGCAAGACGGAGAUGGAGAUCGCCAAGCUGCUCAAGGAGAACACCACCCUGCUCAAGCUGGGCUACCAUUUCGAGCUGGCCGGGCCCCGCAUGACGGUCACCAACCUGCUCAGCCGCAACAUGGACAAACAGCGACAAAAGCGGCUCCGGGAGCAGCGGCAGGCGCAGGAGGCCAGCGGGGAGAAGAAGGAUCUGCUGGAGGUGCCCAAGUCAGGGGCGCUGGCCAAGGGCUCCCCCAAACCCUCCCCCCAGCCAUCUCCAAAGGCCUCGCCCAAGAACUCGCCCAAGAAAGGGGGCGCUCCAGCCGCUCCACCUCCGCCUCCACCUCCCUUGGCCCCACCCCUCAUCAUGGAGAACCUGAAGAACUCCUUGUCACCAGCUACCCAGAGGAAGAUGGGAGACAAAGUCCUCCCCGCCCAGGAGAAGAACUCCCGCGACCAGCUACUGGCUGCUAUUCGCUCCAGCAACCUCAAGCAGCUCAAGAAGUUAAGUAGUUGUGGGCAGGGGCCAGCAGGGCUGGAAGAGGCGGGGGCAGCAGGGUUGGAAGAGAGGGGCUAA